CAUACUCGCUGCAGGGGGGACGCCAUUGACACGUAUGCUCCAAUUUUCCGCUUCGAAACGGGGGGAAAACCCGAAAAACCAAAAUUUUCCCUUUGAAGAAGCGCAAUGAGAGAAGAAGUUAUCAGUUCCGGAGGGACCAUGGAUCCCACUCCUGCUGCGAGGUACCAGAUUACUCGUCUCCCUUCUUUCUUGCCCCGUUCUGCUGGGGCAUCCUCGCCUGCUGUCCCAGCAAAUACGCAUGCUUCCAAAGCAGCCUCUCUUUCUGGUGUUGGCUCUCAAUUACCAUGGACCUCGUUGAGCACCAGUGCUGGUGGUUCUGUUCUUGGAUCAUCAAGGCCUUCAUGCAGGCCAUGGGAAAGGGGGGAUUUAUUGAGGCGGUUGGCUACUUUUAAGCCGUCAAAUUGGUUUGGAAAGCCUAAGAUUGCUAGUUCGUUGGCUUGUGCUCAAAGAGGUUGGAUGAAUAUUGAAAUUGAUAAAAUUGUAUGCGAAUCAUGUGGUGCAUGCCUGAGUUUUGUUUUGCUACCAUCCUGGACGCCCACUGAAGUUGAAAGUGCUGGUGAAGUAUUUGCCAGACAGCUGGAUGAUGGCCACAAAACCAGCUGUCCGUGGAAGGGGAACAGCUGUCCUGAAAGCUUAGUGCAGUUCCCUCCAACUCCUCAGUCUGCUUUAAUUGGGGGAUAUAAAGACAGAUGUGAUGGGCUCAUGCAAUUUCAGUUUCUUCCUAUUGUUGCUGCAUCUGCUGUUGAGCAGAUGCGUGUUUCUUGGGGUCCAGUGGUCGACCGAUUUUUGUCCUACUCACAGAAUUUUACUUUUGGAGAAGGGGACUUUAAGCCAGAGGGCAUACAAGAACUUGAAAACUCCAGAGAUGGGGCCUCCUAUUUGUAUUCUCGUGCCCAAAAGCUUAUAAGUCUCUGUGGGUGGGAGCCAAGAUGGCUCCUAAAUGUUCAAGACUGUGAAGAACAUUCAGCUCAAUCAGCUCGGAAUGGGUGUUCUUUUGGCCCUGCCCAGGCCCAAGUCCAUCUUUCACAUGACCCUGGUCCUAGCAAGAGAGCGCAUUCUGCGUCAGCCACAAAGAACACUGGAAAGAAUAGACUGGUAGCAGAGUCGAGAUGUGAUUCCAGGUCACCCUUACUAGAUUGUAGCUUAUGUGGUGCUACUGUGAGGAUAUUGGAUUUCUUGACUGUUCCUCGACCUGCUUGUUUUGCUCCCAACAACAUUGAUAUUCCAGAUGCAAGCAAGAAAAUGGCAUUGACACGUGGAGUGAGUGCAGCAAGUGGAAUAAGUGGUUGGGUUGCUGUUGAUGAUACAGAGAAAGAACCUACAGAAGACCGUGAUGAGGUGGCAACAACAGACAAGGGUAAAUUGCUGCAAAACACAGAAGUUGAUCUGAAUCUUACUAUGGCAGGGAGCUUACCUUUUUAUCUGCCAGACAAGGCAGCGAUCCCUGAAAGUGUUCGUCAUUUGGAAAUGGGAAGAGAUUUAAUUAUAGGUCAGCCUUCAGGCAGUGAGGUUGGUGAUCGUGCUGCUUCUUAUGAGUCACGCGGACCUACUCGUAAACGGAGCUUGGAAAUAGGUGGCAGCUCAGAUAACAGGCCUCAUUUGAUGAUGCAACCUGUUGAUAGUGUGGAGGGAACAGUCAUUGAUCGUGAUGGUGAUGAAGUAACAGAUGGAGGACAAUUUUCAGCUGGACCUUCAAAACGUGCUCGUGACUCAGAUUUUGAUACACACUGCUCACCAUGUCAAAGAGAUUCUUGUGGUGCCGGGCCUAGCCAUUCAGUGGGUAUGGAAAUAUAUGCAGAUGGAAAUAUGGUUAAUUUAUUUCGCCAAGGAAGUGACCAAGUUGUUGGAAUUCCAUCAGCUAGGGAUUCAACUCGUGCAUCAUCUGUCAUUGCAAUGGAUACAGUCUGUCAUAGCACGGAUGAUUCUAUGGAAAGUGUUGAGAACUACCCUGGAGAUAUUGAUGAUGUUCAUUUCCCUUCUUCCAGUACACAUGGCAAUCUGGACAUGAAUGAGACAUCUGAACUGAAUUAUAGCAAUCAAGCCCAGCAAAGUAUUAGUGUCAAAUAUGCUGCUGAAGUAGCUCAUGGUGAAAUGGGUGUGAGUAGUACAAAUGACGGUGAAGAGAUUUUCAAUGCCGAAACUGUGACAGUUCAGGCCAGGGAUGGUCCUAGUUUUGGUAUUAGUGGAGGCAGUGUUGGCAUGUGUGAUAGUCAUGAAGCUGAAAUUCGUGGGGUUGAUGUUUCUGUCCAUAGAACAGAUAGUGUGGUUGGUGAUGUGGAACCCAGAGUAGAAGAUGUUGAAAAUCAAGGUCAGACUGGUGAAUCUGCUCCUGGUCCUGGAUUAAUGGAUGAGGUUGUUCCUGAUGAAAUAAACAGGGAAGAUCCCCAUGGUGGUGAUAGCCAAGAGAUGUUCUCUCGGUCUGUGGAAAGGGCUGAUAGUGGCUCGAAAAUAGAUGGUUCUGCGAAGGCUGAAUCUGUUGAAAGUGGUGAAAAGGCAAGUCAAAGCUGCAAGUUAGCUCUAGGUAACAAUGAUGGCCCUUCUCUUUCCUGCAAUGCAAAUAUGUACUCUGGAUAUCAAACAACGAAGAAAGGGGUUGGCAAGGCUGGAAAAUCAUCCUCUACAAACAAUGGGAUAGGGCCACCAAAAGGUGAAAGCAACUAUGAAGAGGCUAUAGAGUUUGAUCCAAUUAUUCAUCACAAUCAGUUCUGUCCAUGGGUGAAUGGAAAUGUAGCUGCUGCUGGCUGUAGUAGCCGGAGUUCUGGCAACAAUGCUGAUGCAGAUGCACUGUGUGGGUGGCAGCUUACAUUGGAGGCAUUAGAUGCACUGCAAUCACUGGGGCAUAUUCCAAUUCAAACGGUGCAGUCCGAGUCAGCAGCUUCUUUAUACAAGGACGAUCAUCAAACUCCUGGUCAGCUCCUUCGACGGCAUUCCAUGAACAGAAGCCAUGGGCAGCAUUGAUAUUUAAUCAAAAUAGCAAAGGAUGAAACUGCAUCAGUUUUGGAACUUGGAAGUAAGCUGGAAAGUUGCAGCAAUUUUCGUUUUAUUUCCUUUCCCUUUUUUCCCUUAUCAUGGUUGGAUAUUUGUAAGAUACUCGAAAAAUUUGAGGUGCUGUUUUAUGCAUCAUAAUUUGCGUGUUCUUUUAUAUUCAAGCUCUUUGCUUCACUUUUAUUAUCACGAUCUCAAAUUCGAAUCAAAUAUAAUAAAGAUCCUUGAGCUUUUUAUUUCUGCAA